CUCUCUCUCUCUCUCUCCCUCCCUCUCUCCAUCUCUCUCUCUCUCUCUCUCUCUCUCUCCAUCUCUCUCUCUGCGGCGGCCGCCUUACAAACAACACAGACCCAGAACUGCACCGGACCGGACCGCGACACGGGAACCAACAGAGGAAGAGAAGAAGAAAUCAGUCAUGACAGAAUCCAUGAAGACGCACGUCAUCCUGCUGUCGUGCGGCAGCUUCAACCCCGUCACCAAGGGACACAUCCAUAUGUUCGAGAAAGCCAGAGAAUAUCUACACAAAACCGGACGCUUCAUAGUGAUCGGAGGAAUCAUCUCACCGGUGCACGACUCGUACGGGAAACCGGGUCUGGUGUCCAGCAGACAUCGUCUCACCAUGUGUCAGCUGGCGGUUCAGUCCUCAGACUGGAUCAGGGUUGAUCCGUGGGAGUGUUACCAGGACACGUGGCAGACGACCUGCAGCGUCCUGGAGCAUCACCGCGACCUGAUGAAGAGAGUCACCGGCUGUAUUCUGUCCAACGUCAACACGCCGUCCACGACUCCUGUGAUUGGUCAGCCACAGAACCAGACUCCGCCCAUCUACCAGAACCACAACAGCAUGAAUCACAAGCCCACCGCCAUCAAAGUGUGGGGGAAGCUCGGUGAGAGUUUGGGGAAGAUCUGCUGCGUCCGUCCGCACAUCGACCGCUUCACCUUCGUCGACGAAAACGCGAACCUGGGCACCGCGAUGCGUUACGAGGAGAUCGAGUUACGCAUCUUGCUCCUGUGUGGCAGUGACCUGCUGGAGUCCUUCUGCAUCCCUGGCCUGUGGAAGGACAGUGAUAUGGAGGUGAUCGUGGGAGACUUUGGGAUCGUGGUGGUUCCUCGUGACGGAGCCGACACUGAGAGGAUCAUGAACCACUCAUCUGUUCUGCGCAGAUUCAAGGACAACAUCACGGUGGUGAAGGACGAGGCGAACCACCCGCUAUCCAUCGUCAGCUCCACCAAGAGCAGACUGGCCCUGCAGCACGGUGACGGCCAUGUUGUGGAUUACCUGACUCAGCCCGUCAUCGACUACAUCCUGCAGAGUCAGCUGUACAUCAACGCCUCGGGCUAGAGACUCGGCCCUGACAGCUUGGAAACAGAGAGAGAGAGCGUGUGUGUGUGUGAGUGUGUGUGUGUGUGUGUGUGUGUGUGUGUUGUUGCUCAGUGGGGAAUGUUAACAUCUCACCUGUGCACGCGUCCGAACCGCCGUGCUGACACCGGAGCUCCGCAUGUAUUCAACCACAGGUAACCAUGGCAACGGUGCAGCUGCUUUCAGGCCGACAAACUGUACACUGUAAAAGUUUUUCCUCAGUCUCGACGCACACAGACUGGCGAUGAGGAUGAUUGUUGUUGUUGUUGUUGUUGUUGUUCUGCAUGCUUCAGGUUUGGUUCCGGCAUGUUGUUGUUAAUCUCACCGUCGUGAUCGUGUUUGAAAAAAAAAAGUUAAAAAAAAAAAGUAAAUAUAAAAUCAAUACACAGUGGGAAUCAUCUUCACCCACUUUUUCUAUUCACUCUGUAAAUGAACAGGUGUGUGUGUGUGUGUGUGUGUGUGUGUGUGUGUGUGUGUGUGUGUGUUUACAAUUGCAGAGUUUUUGAUGAUAAAAUGUAAGGAGGACAGAAACUGUAAAAAAAAUCAACGACUCAAUAAUCUUUUAAAAAAAAAAGAAUUAUCAAAAACAAAAGUAGAUGAAAAAACGAAUACAGUUUGUUGAUGAAAGGGGCUUUUUACAUAUUUCUACAUACAUUUUUUUAUGUAUUUCUGUGUUAGGAUGUUAACUAGGUGGGCGGGGCUUAACUCCAUCUCACUGGAUUGGUUGUAAAACGCCCUCUUUUGCAGUUGUAACCAAUUGCUCGCUGAUCUAAUUAAAGGGCCAUAUUGUCAAAA